GUUCGAUCUUGGAUGCCCGCCUGUGAUGAAAGGGAAAGGAAAGGGCCCGCCGCCCAAGAGCCUCGCCAAGCCUAAGAGCAAGGCCGGCGGCCUGCCCGCGGGGAAGCCGGAGAUCUUCGGGGUCUUCUUCACCGGGGCCAGCUUGCAGCGCAGCGAUGGGGCGUGGGAGGCGAAGGCCAUCCUCAACUCGGGUGCCUAUGCGCCGGCAGAGCACGAAGAGUUUGAGGCUCAGUGCCCUCUGCUCUCCACGCUGAUGAUGUUGGAGAUAGGGCGCCGCUUUGAGCAUUCCAUGUUCGAGGGGCACACCACCAAGCAAGUGCACGAAGUGAAGCUUGGGGAUGGGCGUUCCAAGCCGGAUGAGGUGAAGGUUGCCCUUGUGGAACUGACGGAGGAGGAACUGCAGGAGAGGCGUGCUGGCUGGAAUGAGGCGCUGGAGCGCGCAGGCGUCGGUGCAGACUGGGCCAGCCGUGCGGAGGCCUGGCUCGAGCGCCAGGCCGGGCGAGACGCCGCGCGGCAGAAGGCGCUGGAGGAGACGGCCCAGCGCUUCAGGAUGGUUAUUGGCCGGCAGCAGAAGCACAGCCCGGAGGAUCAUCAGAAGGUUGAGGAGGCGAGGCAGGCGAAGCAGGAAGAGCUCCGGGCCAAAGAGGAGGCGCGGCUGCUUGUGCAGCGCCGGCGCCUGGAGCAUUUCCGCAGCUUGCCGCCUGCGGAGCUCGGGGCGGUGCAGUGGUUGCAGAUGCGGGACCUCCACUUCUUGGACGGCGGCUGUGGCGGCGUGUUACUGGUGGACCUUGGGACGAGUUGUGUGGUGCUGAAGCAGCAGAGCAAGACGGCCGCCAGCGAGAUGCUGGCACAGGUUCUCGCAGAGACGCUGGUCAACGUGGCCCGCGCCAGGAUCGUGAAGCGUGGGGAGGAGGAGUUUGACGAGAUCCAGGCGCAAGCGGUGCGCUGCUGUGAGCAGGGCGCAGACAUUGGCCUGGCCUCGUAUUUCAUCCUCGGCCUGUCGCAGGAGGAGGGGCGCUGGCAGGCCAACAAAUCCAGUGUCAACUUCUUUGGGGUCCUGGAGUUCGUCAAUGGCCAUGCCCUCAUGGGUGUAGAAGGUCAACUUGCUUUGCAAGACCCUGGUGACCAAUUCCUGCAGGACCUGGGAAGACUCUGUGCCUUCGAUGUUCUGAUCAACAACUUUGACCGAGUGCCGUUGCCAGUGUGGCAAAACGAGGGCAAUUUCGGCAA